AUGUUUCAGGCGUGGCUGCCGUGCUCCGCAGCAGACGAGGAUGUCUUCGGCCCGACCAUUGACGACUCCUGCCACCAUGGCUUUGACUUUACUCUUUUGUUCGAGGAAAUGAUUUUGACCCUGUUGCCUAUCAUUCUCGCUUGGCUCGCGGCGCCCAUCCGCGCUUGGAACCUCCGGCACGCCUCGGAGAAGGCCAAUCGGUCAUGGCUCUACGCCGCAAAAGAGAUUGCUCUCUUGUUGCAUAUAACGGUUCAAUUGGUCAUGUUGGCCAUUUGGUGUCAAUCUUCUACUCCAACAACGCGAGCCACCGUACCAACUGCUAUCGCAGCCGUAAUCACCUUCUGCUUCUUUCUCUACUUGUCCCACCUCGAGCAUAUUCGUUCUCUGCGCCCUUCAUCAAUUCUUUGUUUAUUUUUCGGGCUCACCAUUCCUUUCGACCUUGCACGACUUCGCACGCUUCAUUUUAUACCAGAUAACCGACCGAUCACGCUCCUGUUUGCUGUAAGUGUGGUGGAUAAGGCUGUCAUCCUGGUGUUUGAAUCGAUAGAAAAAAGGCAUCUACUUAAGAAAGAAUUCGAGGGAAGCGCAAUCGAGACGACGGGCGGAAUCAUCAACCGCUGUCUCUUCUGGUGGAUCAAUGAUUUGCUUUGGAAAGGAUUGAAAACCACUCUCACAGUCGAAAGUUUGCCUGUUCUUGCCGACGACAUCAGAGAAGCUUCCGAUCCUCGACAGCUGGUGGAAAGAUGGAUUAAAGCCAACAAGUACCAAUCGAAUGCGCUGCUAUGGACCUUUGCUGCUCAUUUCAAAUGGGACUUCCUAGCAGGUGUUGUGCCUCGUCUCGCGUUUACUGGGUUUUGCUUCGCACAGCCUUUUCUGGUUGAACGGGUGCUUGACUUCAUGACCGAGCCCGAACAUGUCAAUUCGGAUAAAUAUGCUCGCGGCCUCGUUGGAGCAUAUGCAAUCGUCUAUUUUGGCCUUGCAAUCUCAUUCGCUACCUAUCACCAUAAAAUCGAUCGAAUGAUAACUAAGAUGCGAGGGAGCUUGGUCGCUCUGAUUUUCGACAAGACACUGCGGAUGAGCACCUCAGCUGUAUCUGAUGCAUCUGCCAUCACCUUGAUGAGCACUGAUAUUGAGCGAAUAGGAAGUGGUUUGAGAGAUAUGCAUGAGAUUUACUCUAACUUUACUGAGGUUGUACUCGCGCUGUGGCUGCUAGCGCGAUUGCUCAAAAUCGCCACAGUAGCAUCUACGCUAGUUGUGAUAGUAUGCUUGGUUGCUGGCAUCCCACUCGCCGUCGCUUCUGGCAAUGCCCAAGGCAUAUGGCUGGAGGCUGUCGAAAAGCGUGUUGCAGUCACCUCCAAGGUUCUCGGUGUCAUGAAAAACAUUAAAAUGACCGGGUUGACGGAUGUCAUUACAAAAAACGUUCGCAAACUACGAUCGCAGGAGAUCAAAGCCUCAUUACCCUAUCGACUUUAUACUGUCUUGGUCGUAACCUUUUCGUACGGCUCUUCUGCUUUGGCUCCGGUCUUCGGGUUUGGUGUCUAUAUCCUUCUGGCUCGUGCGCACGACGGUGCAACACUAACAAACGGCAUUGCUUUCUCGGCCUUGACGCUUUUCUCGCUGCUGGACCAACCUAUGAUUUCAUUUGUCUACGGCUCGGAAGAUCUCAUGGCGGUUGUGAAUUGCUUCCAACGAAUCCAAAAGCAUCUCCUUGAGACGGAGAGGACUGACUACCGCAUUAACCAUGAAUCCCAAGUGACAGAGCUGAUUUAUAUUGAUUCUACAGACGACGAGGGUAGUCAGCAUUUGUCUAGUGCCGUCAUUCGAAACUUGUCUGCGGCAUGGUCAGUUGAUGACGAACCAGUCAUCAAGGGCUUGGACCUCAAGAUCCCAGCUGAAGGGACCACCAUGAUUGUUGGGCCCGUUGGCAGUGGCAAAUCUACCCUUUUGAAAGUGCUGUUGGGUGAAGUUCCUGAAUGUACUGGAUCGAUCUCGACCACUUUCCGGAAUGCGGCCUAUUGUAGUCAGUCGCCUUGGAUCACGUUUGGCACAGUCCGACAAAACAUAGUUGGAGCAUCUCAGCUGGACCAACGCUAUUAUGACCGCAUUGUUCAGGCCUGCUCUUUGCAACUUGAUCUUCAACAGCUUCCUUUCGGUGAUCAGACCAAAGUCGGUGUACGUGGGUCACGACUUAGUGGUGGGCAGCAAAUGCGCGUGGCAUUAGCGCGAGCUCUCUACUCGAGGCAGCCCGUUCUUCUCCUGGAUGACGUCCUCACCGGUCUCGAUCGGGAAACAGAGAAGUGUAUUUUGGAAGCAGUUUUCGCGCAACACGGUCUCAUCAAAGAUAUCCGUCAAACGGCAAUCCUAGCGACUAAUUCAGUACACCAUCUUCCUUACGCAGAUUUCAUCAUUUCUCUGAGUGAAAAUGGACACAUAGUUGAGCAAGGCUCUUACGACGAACUGGUCGCUGCAAAAGGCUAUGUUAGUAGUCUUGCUAGCACAACUAGCAUGGUCAAUACCGAGAGACCUCCAGACGCAGUCUUGGACGAUGAAACUUUACAAGACCUCAAACUACCAAAUGACGACAAAGUUGAUGACACAAGCCGACAGGUAGGGGGCUGGUCAGUCUACCUGUACUAUUUCCAAAAUAUCGGCUGGCCCCUCUUACUACUUUUUCUCGGAUGUUCCGCUUUGUUCGUCUCUGGGUUGAUUUUCCCACAAAUAUGGCUUCAAUGGUGGACUCGCGCCAAUGAAGAGAGACCCAAUGAAAACGUUGGAUACUGGCUCGGUGGGUAUGGCGCGCUUGGGGUCUUGACGCUGCUUGCCACGUUUCUCGCCAACUGCUCGCCGUUUUCACGAAAUUCUGCUGGGAACAACUAUGAGGCAAGUUACCGCACCUUGCUUCAACCGACAUCUCUAAUAAUUAUUCAGAGCGACUACGUCGUUCCUGACAUCGACCGAUACAGGUGCUACGACAAACAGGAUCUGGAAUUAAUUGACGAGGAGCUACCUUCUUCCUUCAAACUUACACUUCACACGGUUCUGAGCUGCAUCAUCGAAGCGUACCUGGUCUUUGUUGGCUCGUCGUACGUGACGGUGGCGGUCAUCCCAUUUUGUGUUUUGGCAGUCUACUAUGUGGCAUGGUACUAUAUCCGCACAUCUCGACAAAUCCGUUUGCUGGAAAUCGAAGCCAAGGCACCUCUAUUCUCCCAGUUUCUCGAAGCAUUGAGUGGCCUUUCUAGUAUUCGAGCCUACGGAUGGUCAGAGCACUAUCGGCUGCAGAACCAGAUUGCUCUGGACGCGUCCCAGCGCCCAUUCUACAUGCUCUACUGCAUACAGAGAUGGCUGAGUCUCGUUCUUGACCUCAUCGUUGCGGGCAUUGCAGUAGCUGUGAUUGUAACUGCAACAUCGAUGAGAGGGAGCUCUUCGUUUAACCUGUUUGAGUGGACGGGGCUGGAAACUUCAAUUGGAGCUGUGUCUCGCAUCCGCUCUUACGUGCAAAAUGCCAAAACAGAAAAUCUAGAAUCCGAGUCCGAGGUCUUACCAAGCUUCUGGCCGGCGAGAGGUGAUGUUGAGAUCCUCGGGGUAUCUGCCUCAUAUGACGCAUUAUCGGAGCCAGUUCUUCAAGAUAUUAAUCUCAAGAUUUGUGCCGGGGAAAAGGUCGCUCUGUGCGGUAGAACGGGCAGUGGCAAAUCUUCGCUUGUUUCAACACUCUUACGGAUUCUCGACCUCAACUCCGGUACGAUCCGCAUUGAUGCUAUAGACAUUUCAAGGGCCUCCAGAUCGCAUGUUCGCUCGUGUCUCAAUACAAUUCCACAGCAGGCCUUUUUCCUGCAUGGCACUGUUCGACUCAAUGCCAACCCCCAUGGAGAUGUGCAAGAUAGCGCUAUUAUUGAUGCGCUCCAAAAGGUCAAUCUCUGGUCUCACCUUGAGCCCAAGGGAGGCUUAGAUGCGGAUAUGUCAGAGGACUUCCUUUCCCUUGGACAACAACAACUAUUCUGCCUUGCCCGGGCCCUGUGCAGAUCCAGCAAGAUUCUCAUUAUGGACGAGGCCACAAGCAGUGUGGACUCGGAGACAGAUAAGCUCAUGCAGCAGAUCAUUCGCACCCACUUCAAAGACCAAACUAUCAUUGCCAUUGCGCACAAGCUCGACACGGUCCUCCAUUUUGAUAAGAUUGCGUUUAUGGAUCAUGGAAGGGUUAUUGAAUUUGAUACGCCAGAGUCACUCCUGUCGAGAGAAGAGUCAGCAUUUAAAACCAUGUUUGAGAGUUUCCGCCAGCAUUUAGAAGAAUAG